AUGAGAUGGAGGUUCAAUGAGACUGUCAUUCUUGCUGGACCUCCAAGUGAAAUUAUAAUACAGCCACCUUACACUGACAGAGUCAGUCUGGACCCCACCACUUAUACUCUGGAGCUCAGGAGCCUGACUGAGAACGAUACUGGACUAUAUUCUCUGAAUGUAGUCACUAAUACAGGUUCUUUCACAAAUGUAACCUCACUGCAGGUGUUUGUGCCACCCUCCAAUGUUAUCAUAGUACCAAGUAAAACAGAGCUGGUUGAAUUCAGCAGCACUGUGAGUCUCAUCUGCUCUGCGUCUGGCUCCUCUCUUUCAUUUAUUUGGCUGAAUGGCAGCUCUGAGGUAAGAGCAGGGGAGCGAGUUCAGCUAACAGACAACAACAGCAGUCUGACCAUUACUAGUGUGAUCAGAUAUGACACAGGGCCAUACCAAUGUGAAGCAUACAACAUCAUCGACAAAGCAAUGAGUCCUCCAUUGAAGCUCACCAUUUACUAUGGUCCAGAAAAUGUUGCUGUUGAAGCAGAUCCAGUGGGACCCUUCUACAGCUCUGGGUCUAACCUCAUACUGACCUGCUCAGCUGAGUCCAACCCUGCUGCUCAGUUUCAGUGGGCUGUGAAUGGAACAGAGCUUAGUGAAAUGGGCCAAGAGCUCAGACUGAGCAACAUUCAGAGCAGUCAGAGUGGCAAUUACACCUGCAUUGCCCAUAACAAGCAGAGCCUGAACUACUCUGUGUCUGAACCCAUCAGCGUGACUGUACUAGAAAAAAUAUCUGGAGCAGCACUUACUGGACCAACAGAAGAUCUAAUAGAAGAUGAUUCCUCUGCUACAUUAUCCUGUAAGGCAAGUGGAACCAUCUACAAUGCUGAAUGGAUGAAAGAUAAUCAGAAACUGUCAGCUAGCGACAACAUCACAUUCUCGAAUGAUAACAGAUCAGUGAUGAUCAGUCCAGUGAGGAGAAGAGACAGUGGUGAAUAUAAGUGUACUCUCAGCAACCCCAUCAGCUCUGACACUGCAACAUACAGAAUGACUGUUAACUUUGGACCAGAUAAUGUGAUAAUUGAUGGACCAGUUGAAGUGGAGGAAGGAAAUAAAUUGACACUGUCUUGCCGUACUGAAUCUACACCAAAUGUCUCGUUCCAAUGGAUGUUUAAUGGGACUUUACCUAAAGUGAAUACAGCCGUAUUUACUGUGGAACAGGUCACCUUUAUGCACACUGGAAAUUACACCUGCAUGGCCUCUAAUCCUGUAACCGGACGUGAUGCCUCUGGAUACCAUGUUUUGGUAGUUAAAGAAGAAGGCUCUAUGGGUGGAGGUGGAGAUUCACUGUCUGCAGGAGCUAUAGCUGGGAUUGUUAUUGGAGUUUUAUUGGGUGUUGCUGGAAUUGCUGGUUUGAUUUUCUACUUUAUUAAAGGCAAAGAAAUGAUAGAAAGAACCUCCAGAGGAAAUAAGCAAAAUCGAGCAACACCAAGUGAAGGACAGCAUGAGUUGCACUAUGCAGACGUCAGCCAUCUUCGGUAUAAUCAAAGGCAGCAAGGAAUAGCAGCCAUGCCAAUGGCUCACGCACCUGCUCAUGUGUCUCAGCAUAAUAAGACAGCUACAUCUAAUCCUGCCACACAAAUCAUUUAUUCUGAUGUGAGGAAUUUAUAGACUGAAGCAGCAGCAUUAUAUGUGGACCACACUGACCAAGGCUGCCAGUCGCCUGCUAAAAAGAAAUGCACAAUUCAGCAGUUCUGCAAGAGACAUUUGUGGAUUUGAUCAACCUGCCAAUGCUGUGGAAGAAAAAAUCAUGAGUCCAAGAUCUUGAAGUAACUGAAUGGUUUCACUGCAGAUUCUGCUUGAAUAGAAGUGGGUAUUGUUGGCUAUUUCAAUGGAACCCUCAGUGUUGAGUCCGAAUUUAGUCCUUAGAUUUUCUUGCUUUUAAUAUUAGGUACAAAUGUAUUAAAAUGUACAAUAUUACUUACGAAUACAAAUUACAACAAAGUACAAUGAGAUUCAGUGUGCAAUUCCCCAUCAAGUAACGGGGUAUAAAGAAAAUUGUAUAAAUAUAUACAGUACAAAUGUAAUAGUAGUAGUGCAAAUAUAUUAGAUGCAAUAAUAUAAAUAGUAUACAUUCUGUUCACAUUUUGUUGAGAAAUCAAAUUCUCCAAGCUGUAAUAAGUUAAAUGUAAUACAUGAAUCGAAAUGGCAUGUGUGGACCCCAGACAACCUUUGAUUAGAAAUAUAUCUGUUAAAUAUAAAAAGGGCAUGUUUAAAAAGUGCCAUAAACAUGCUUGCUGCUUAGCUGUCUUGUACUCUAUUAGAUAUAGACCCUGACUAUGUUUUUCACCUUUGGACCUGCUACUCUGUUACUCAGGGAACUAAAAUGAGGAAGUAAUAAAAGUUAGAAAUUGACUGCAUGUUCACAUAAAAUAAGUGCAGUGGUUCCCAGCAUAUAGCAAUAAAAAAAUCAUUAAUGUGAAAUACUGUACUGUAAUUCUCUUUACUAAUAAAAAAUGCUAAUAUUUUUGUUAACCUAUUUUGUUUCAUCUAGGCCUAUGUAAUUUUAUCCAAUAUGUCUGUAUAUAAUUUAUAUAAAAAUAAUAGUUGUGUUUAAUUUUGACAGUGCUUGGUAGGAAAUCACACAAAUCAGUUUGUAUGAAUGGCAAAGUUUAGGGUCGCAGCUUUCUUUCAACAUUUGUUUGAAAUCCACAGAAUCUCAUUGUAUAUAUUUAAAAAAAAAACUCAUACUCCCGGAUCUCUAAUUAGGGUUUAAGAUUACACUUUGGUAUACUUUCAUCUAUGACUUCUAGAAUGACAAAUGCAUACAAUUGACUUUUUUUGAUGAAUUAUUUAGAUAUUUCUGCUUGUUUGUCUGUGACUAAACAAUCAAUAAAGAUCAUUUUAAGUUCAAGAAUCUAACAUUUUUGUCAUUCAUAAUCGUCUUUUGGCAGUCAUGCUGUCAUAUUAUGUUUAAUGUUCACCUUUUCUAUCACAGGGUGGCUCUCUUCA